AUGUCUCCAUUCAACCUUGCGGAGUGCGCCCGGCCCAAUAUACUGGCAUUGGUCCCCUACCGAUGUGCGCGAGAUGACUACAAAGAUGACGGCACCAACAUCCUCCUCGACGCCAACGAAAACGCCUACGGCCCAUCCGUCGCCCCUCUCGCAUCCAAAGUCGACUCCGAUCUCCUAACCGCCCGCGACUUCCUCGGCCUCCACCGCUACCCGGACCCCCACCAAGAAGCUCUCAAGGAGAAGCUCUGCGCCCUCCGCAACACCCACACCCACACGCAAAAGAAGCUUAAGCCCGAGAAUCUCUUCGUCGGCGUCGGAAGCGACGAGGCCAUUGACGCCGUUCUCCGCGCGUUUUGCGUCCCCGCCAAGGAUAGGAUCUUGACGUGUCCCCCUACGUAUGGCAUGUACUCCGUCUCCGCACAGGUGAACGACGUUGCCAUCGUCAAGGCUCCUCUCCUGCCCGCUCCCGAGUUCGCCAUUGACGUCGCUGCCGUUACCGAGACGCUUUCCAAGGAACCCAAUAUCAAGGUCGUAUACUUGUGCUCCCCAGGUAAUCCCACCGGAAGCGUCCUCGCCAAGGAAGACAUCCAAAAGAUCCUCGAGCACCCCACCUGGAACGGCAUCGUCGUCGUCGACGAGGCCUACAUCGACUUCGCACCCGACGGCACCUCCCUCGCCGAAUGGGUCCUCGAGUGGCCCAACCUCCUCGUCAUGCAGACCCUAUCGAAGGCCUUUGGCAUGGCCGGCAUCCGUCUCGGAGCCGCCUUCACCUCGCCCGCCAUCGCCGCCCUGCUCAACAACCUCAAGGCCCCCUACAACAUCUCCAGCCCCACGAGCUCGCUGGCGACGUACGCCGUCUCCGAAGGGGGUCUCGAGGUCAUGCGUGGGAACCGAGAGAAGCUUCUCAAACAGCGCGAUAGGCUGGUCGAGGAGUUGCCCAAGAUUCCUGGCGUCGGUAGGAGGAGGGGUGGGUUGGACAGCAACUUUUUGUUGUAUGAGAUGUUGAAUGCUAAGGGGGAGCCGGAUAAUGAGGUUGCGCAGAAGGUGUAUCAGAUGCUUGCUGAGGCGAAGGGCGUCGUUGUGAGGUUUAGGGGGAAGGAGCAUGGAUGUUUGGCCUGUUUGAGGAUAACGGUCGGGACCGAGGAGGAGGUUACGAGGCUUUUGGCGGCGCUGAGGACGGCGCUGGAGGAGGUGAGGGGUACUGCGGCGUAA